CCCCUGUACGAUUGCAGUGUUUGCACUGGCCCAACGCAUCUCCACCCACUCAACUGGCCCCGCGUACAUGAUCUUGGAUAUCAUCCUGACCGUUUCUUGCCCGGCUCUUCGUCCCCACCGCGACUGCAGCGGUUUCUUACUUUCGGUGUUGCUGGGGACCCAGAACGUGUUAAAUGCCCCUAUCGCCUGCAGGUGCACCACGUGCUGGGUGGGCUGUGCGUGAUGUGGGAAACGGCGGGUGCUGCCCAAGCGGUUGCUCUGCUCUCGGGCCGCUCAUUCAGGAGUCAGCGUUUAGGGCAGCCAGAGAUGCGGCGAGUCCCGUGCCCGAGUGGCAGGGCGGCUCCGGUGGGGGAGUUCGGUUUCAGCCCCCGCUCCUGUUCGGAAGCGCGCUGGGGCCGCGCGUGCGGAGUUGGAAUGGUUAUGGCUUCCAAACGCAAUGCUCGUUAUUGCGUCGGCCGUCUGGGGGGCUAG